AUGGCAUAUGACAUAUAUACAGUAUAUGGUAGCAUGUGGUUGAUGAGCCACUAAGAGAUCGUUAUAUUUGAUCUGUUUUAGGUACAUGUCUAAAGACUGUGAAAUAUCUUUUUAAUAACGACAGGUUGUCAUGUCUUGCUGAUUGUAGACAGCCUUGCAAGUAAGUACAAUGUCAGUCCCACUAUUAAUGAAAUUAACAGCACAUACCCUUAAAAUCAAUUGUCAUUCCAGGGAAGAAGUCAUUCAGAAGACGAUCAGUUCAUCACAAUGGCCCUCCAAGGCUUAUAAGGUAUGUUAAAUUAAUCGUGCUGUAACUUAUACCCUUUGGUUAUUUGUGUGUGUGUGGGCUGACGCGCAUCGUAUUUCUUUUGUAGGAUUAUCUCAUCUCACAGAAAAAGUAUCACAAUGAAAGGUAGUUGAACAUGAUUGUCAUCUGAUUUUCUACGUGUUAUUUAAUACAUGCAAUUGUCAAGUGUGCAACGUGAGUGUUUUAAUAGUUGGUUCAUUUUUUUGUUUCCAGUGACAACAUGUUGCAGCUGAAUGUGUUUUUCAACGAACUGAAUUAUGAAAAAAUUGAAGAACAGUUUUCUUAUGGGGUGAGUUUACUGGUGUUAACCGGGAAAUAUUAUUGCAGACACAUCGGAUGUUUCCUUCCAUUCUUCCUUUUUCAUUCCUUUUUAUAUUUCGUUCAUCCGUCCUUCCUUCCUUCUCUUGUUUCCUUUUUUCUUCCCCAUAACCAUCCUCCUUCCCUUGUUUCAAAUGCUUGGUUGUCUUUGUCCCUUUCCAAAGUAUUCGUUGUAUUUCUUCCAUAGACCAUCAACUUACUGGCUGAUGUCGGAGGACAAUUGGGUUUAUGGAUCGGAAUUUCUGUGAUAACAGUUUGUGAACUUCUGGAGCUGAUCGUGAUGUUCUUCGCAGUUUGUAUCAAGAAAAUCAACGCUGUAAGUGAAGUUCAUGAGGUGCCCGCUUAUGGAUGA